AUGAAAGCCGCCAAAAAUGCCUACUUCAAUGCAAUAAAACAAGCAAAGCAAGAGCACUGGAACUCAUUCGUUUCCAACGCCAGCUCCCAGGACCUCUGGAGACUGAAGAAAAUGGCAUCAAAGACGGAAGACCGUGUCCCCUCACUACCAAACUCACCCACACCCACCCUCCUCAAUAAGAACCUAAUCAACGCCUUCUUCCCGCCUAGAACAGAAGCACCAUCACCACCCCCCAUCAACUACCAAGACGUGACACCCAUAACCCCUGAGGAAGUCCAAAACGUCUUGAAAACAACCUCCAAUCUCUCAGCACCAGGCCCAGAUACAAUCCCAUACAGUGUCUGGAAAAAAAUCCAUAAGGCAAACCCCCUCAUCAUAACCUCCCUCCUCAACCCACUCCUCGCGCACGGAUACCACCCCCUCUCCCUAAAAAGAGCCAACGGUGUUAUACUUGCAAAGCCAGGAAAGACCGACUACUCCUCCCCCGCGGCAUACAGAAUUAUCGUCCUCCUACAAACCUUCUCCAAAAUUCUGGAAAAGAUCGUCACACUUCGCCUUGCAAAGAUCGCAACCGCCACAGGCCUUAUCCACCCCCACCAAUGCGGUUCCAUCGCCGGCCUCUCUACAGCCGACGCCGUUACUACGCUAAUACAUGAGACGAAAGCAAUGCAGCUAGCCAAGCUGAAAGUCUCCACCCUCUUCCUCGAUAUCAAAGGGGGUUUCGACCAUGUUCUCAAACAAACCCUUGCCCCCCUCCUUGCCGCCAAAUCAGUCCCCCCAUACAUAAUCAACUGA